UUGUUUGGCAUAAGAAAUAAUAAUGCUCAGUGUUCGACCACGCUUAUGGUUUGUUUACAUACGAAAUCCGUCAUUAUUAGAUUACGUCACUUUAAAUUAAUGAUCGCGCUGAAAUCAGAGAAUAGUGUAUUGCCAACUUAAAUACACUAUGUAUUUGUUUAGUUUUUAUGUUGAAAUCAGUUUGUGUAUUCUUGCGGUCGGAAUGUCACGUGACAAACAAUAGUUUUGCCAGCCAUUAUGAAGUGGUGUACGCUUUUUCAGUCUUUCUGUAGCGAUUAAAGGGAUAAGACGUCUUUUUAAUUUUAAAAUGUAUUAAUACGAAGAAAAUUUGACUGGAGAAGCUUUAAAACGUUACAAGGAAAAGAUUUUGCUAAUUGGUUUAGAAAAAUGUCCGUACAAAAGACCUGCAGAUGAUUGGAUAGAAGACCCAACAGAGUGGCCACCACUUUCAUAUCAUCAUCUUUAUCACUACCUUAUAAAAUCCCCAAGGAUCUUCAGUCCAGAGGCAAUGGAAAACUAUAAAUCUUUACAGGCUUAUCAAUAUUUUAUUUCUGGUUGGGUGCAAACGAUUAAACAUAUUCAUUUUCCUGGUGGUGUAGUGUUUUUUGCUGAUGUCAGACCAUCCUACCGUACAACUGAGGAACCCUAUCAUCCUUGGGUAGCUGUUGCAAAGAGUGGAAAGGUUGUAGCUGGUCACUGUACAUGCAUGGCUGGCCUUGGUGAAACAUGUUCUCAUGUGGCAGCAAUUCUUUAUAAAGUGGAAGCUGCUGUUCGACAAGGUUUAACUCACACCACUCCUACAGACCUUCCUUGCCAGUGGAACCAAAAUUUUACCCGGAAUGUUAAAGCCUUCAAAAUCUGUGACAUUAUUUUUUAUUCCCAUAAAGGGAAGUCACCUAUAAAAUCAUAUACAAGAAAUGAUAUGCUACCUGCCACAUCACAGGAACAAAGUGCAUUUUUAGCUGAUUUAUCAACCGAAAGUAAGAAAGUUGUAGGUUUAUCUCUGUUUGAAGAGCAUCAAGAUGCUUUCGUAGUAAAUGAACCUCCACCUGUUCAGCGUAAAUUACCUUCUUCAUUGUUGGAUUUGUAUGUGGGAAAUAAAACAUUUUCUCCCAAAGAGUUAGAAAUUGAAUGUGAUAAAGUUAUCAAGAACUUAAAGUACAGUGAGUCAGAUCUUUGUUACAUCGAAGAAGCGACUAGAAAUCAAGCUACUUCUUCAACCUGGUACCAACAGAGAGCUGGAAGAAUCACUGGUUCCAUUAUCCAUUCAGUGCUUCAUACAAAUGAAACCAACCCAGCCAAAAUUUUAAUGGAUAAAAUUUGUCAGAAGAAAAUUUUAUCUUUGAAUGUGACAUCCCUAAAAUGGGGUAGAGACCAUGAACACGAAGCAUUGUUAUUGUUUCAGGAAAUAUCAACUUCCGAUACUGUAAACAAUAUUGUAGUGUUGGGAGACCCAGAAACUCACACCGAUUUUGAAUGCAAAGAUGUAGGAUUAUGUGUACAUCCAGAACAUCCCAGGCGCGGAUUUAGACUAGGUCAACCCUGUCACGCGACCUAGUAAAAAAAUGCCGAGGAUUGAAAUCGAAUUCUGUCGAAUUUACC